GCGGCGGCGGGCGGAAGGCCGAGGGCGGCAGCGCCAUGCCCGGCCCGGCAGCGCCGGGGCCCGGCCCCGACCCCGAGGAAAGCUACGACUUCCUCUUCAAGCUGGUGCUCAUUGGGGACGCCAGCGUGGGGAAGACCUGCCUCGUACAGCGCUUCAAAACCGGGGCCUUCGCCGAGCGCCAAGGCAGCACCAUCGGCGUGGACUUCACCAUGAAGAGCCUGGAGAUCCAGGGCAAGCGGGUGAAGUUGCAGAUCUGGGACACAGCUGGCCAGGAGAGAUUCCGAACUAUCACGCAGAGUUAUUACCGCAGCGCCAAUGGAGCAAUCCUAGCCUACGAUAUCAGCAAGAGAGGCUCUUUCCUGUCCAUUCCUCGCUGGAUCGAGGAUGUGAGAAAGUAUGCCGGUUCCAACAUAGUACAGUUACUGAUUGGAAACAAGUCUGACCUAAGUGACCUUCGAGAGGUUCAGCUGGAAGAAGCUCAGAGUCUGGCUGAACACUAUGAUAAUAUCAUCUGUGCCAUAGAGACCUCUGCAAAAGACUCCAGCAACGUCGAGGAGGCUUUUGUGAAGAUGGCUACAGAGCUCAUGAUGAGGCAUGGAGGCCCUAUGUUCAGUGAGAAGAAUACCGAUAGCAUCAAGCUUGACAGCAAAGACGUUGUAGAAGGCUGGGGGUGUGGUUGCUGAUAUGAGCUAGGUGAAAUCCCUAACUUUUCUGGAAUUUAGAUGGUGCUUUACCCUAAUGCUGAGUAGCACAGUAGCCAUAUUCUCCUCCUUCUGUGAAACCAGCCAUUUUGUAGAAGUUAGUUUGACACAAUCCUGUUUGCUUUGGUGUCUUUUUUUUUUUUUUUUAUAAGGGGUCUUCUGAGAGGUAGUCCUAAAAGUCAGGCCCCUUUGAAAAAAAUCAGCAUUUUUCCCUGCCAUUGUCUUUUCUGUAACCAUCACGCCAGGUACGAAAGUGGAAGAAAAAACUUUAAACUGAUGAUGCGGGGUAGGAGACAGAUGGCUGGAAAAGACUGCCUCACAUCCAAAGUACUGAAGCACUUAGCAUGGGAUUGUUGGCAAAGAGGGUUACUUUUAGAAUAGGCGUGCUUGACAGCAUCUCUUUAAAUUCUCAGCGCUCCACCAAUGACCAGAAAGCCUAGAAGCGACAGGGAGUGUCUUUGAUAAAGGUAUUUCAAUUUUCAAAAUACUCAUUGUUACAGGACCAAAUAGCAGUCAUCUGUCCAAGGGCACAUGGACUGCUAGCUAGUAUUGGAACAGGCCCAGGAGGGGCAGCCUUCUCUCAGGUUGGUUUUUUUUCCAUUUCUUAAGUUAUCAUUUUAACAGAUAGCAAAAAUCACCCUGAGCGAUAUCACGUGAUUUGCUGUCAGGCAGGGUUGGACUAGUUUAGUCAUUUUAAAUAUAGUCUUGAGGAGAGGGUAGAUGUAUUGCAUUUGUUACUGUUUGCAGUGAUAGCUCCCUUUUUCAAGUGAGCGUCACUUAUUUUUUGCCCUCAGGUCUAUUUCAUUUGAAACUCAAGACCUGCACCACUGGAAACAGGAACUGGAGAAACCUUGAACUGACUGGUAGCCAUGAUCCCUUGCCCUGUGCCUCACAGUCAAAUACAGGGUUAAUUCUGGUCAUACAUUUGACAUAAUGUUACCAGAGAGUUUAAGUGGCAUCAGUAGGAUUUGGUUGAUUUUUAACCAUCUUUUCUAAAUACAAUCUGGGCAUAUAACUAGAAAGAAGACUUCAUAAUAGCUGAGAACUGCAUGCAUUGCAGCUUUUUGGUUUUAAGAGUCUAGCAUCUUCUUGAGGGAUUGCCUCCCACCUUUGUACUCAUCUGCUUCUCUGUCCCUGUCACUAAUUGCUGUUUAUUUCUUAAAAACAAUUAGCAGGGAAAAUCUUUUACUGUUGAUCAAAACUCACAUUGUUAAGUGAAAUAGAUUUCAUAAUCAUGUAGUUGUCUUUUGGAUUCAGCUCUGUACUGCAUGUUGUAGAUACAGCUGAAGUACUGAUGGCAGCAGUCCUCCCUGGAUUUACUCUCAAGCACCUUACAAACUCAGAUUUGAAAAAGGAGCAGAAGCAGGCUUAUUUUUAAUCUGCACUUAAAGCAGAGGUGUUCAGAAGUGACAGGUGAUUUUUCCAAUCCUGAUACCUUAAAGUAGCUCAUUUACAGAAAGCACCCACUUGAAGUGAAGUCACUUUGUCCCCUUUGAAAAUCUUGGAUCAAAAAAGACCAGGUGGAUUGGUUUGCUACCAGGGCCACACCUGUUCUUAGAUGUUCAGCAUAUCUGGUAUCAUGAAAAUCUGGGAGACUGAAGAAAGGGCUAAUAGAUCCUAAUUUCAGUGCUAUUCAUUUUCAUACAGAAAAUAUUAAAUCAUUCCUUGGUCUUUCUGUUUGUGUUUUUUUUUUUUUUUUUAAGUAUGAGGUAGAUUAUUGAAGAAUUGCUUACACUUUGUAGCCUGUUUGCUUCUAAUCUAAGGGAAUAGAUUUCAAGUUUUAUAGUUGUAAGACUGAAAGGGCUUUACAUUUCUCAAUUAGCAUUGUUUUCACAACUGUAAUGUUGUAUGUGGAAGGGCAGGGUAAGCUGCAGUAUUCAGUAGCACUUUAGGGACAUACCCAGUAGCAUUUCCAGGACGUAUCCAGCUCUCCUACAUCCAAAGAUAGCAGGCAGUGAGUUCCCAGCGGUAGCUAAAAACCAAAAAUGAGAAUCAUCCAAACUCUGCCUUUGUUACUAGAAAUCUUGUGUUCCACUCCCAGGGAAAUCUAUGAAGACAGUCCAAACUAAAAAUCGGUCCUGAUUACUGUUUUUCCUCCUGGUUACAUAGUCCUUAAGGUACAGAAUACUGGCAAGCAUGGGAUUUGUCAUGACUUAUUAUAGUUUACAUCUGUAGGUUACAGUCCUGCAGGUCUGCAUGCAUGCACGUGGAUCCUCAGAUAAACUCAGCCUCCAGUAUCUGCAGGAUUAGUGCCAAAUUAUUUAAUCCACGCUGAUAAAAUUUCAUGUGCAUUUAAGAACAGUAUUGCUACUACUCAAAAUCAGUAGUUUAUACAAUAACUCAAAACUGGAGCAAGCCACAAAAGUAACAUGGAUCUUGCUUCCAGUGCAGUCAGUGAUUUUAUUAUUAUUAUUUUUUUUUUUUUUUUACAGUAGAUGGAGAAAUCCAUUUCCUUAAUUUUAAGUCACGUCUAGUAAAUGAGUAGCCAUAGACCACGGAGCUGACCUUUCCUUAGCAUUAGCUCCCAUUUCUGUCUUACACUACGGUUGAAGGUUGUGACUCUGCCUGCAGGUUGAGUUUGUUUCAGUCAAAAAACACGAGAUACAGAGUCAGGGAUUUGUUCACUGCAUUUUCCAAUGACAACACUCACCGGUUCAGAUCAAUUUUUGUAAAAAGAUGGAGACCAUGGCUUCAGGUCAGCUUUGUCCUCUAACGGCUACCUGGAUGAGUAGCAAUAAACCUGAGAUUUACAGGUAAAAAAACUGCUUCAACUCUCAGGUUAUGAAUGUGCACUGAUGUACAUCAAGUGAAUAAUUCAGUAGCACACGAUCAGAGUUCACAGCAUAAACAUUUGCUAAGAGCCCUGUUUACUGGCAGUUGAUCAUUAACAAGACUAUGGUGCAGUAACUGCCUUUAAGCAGAUCUCCUUGGCUGACCAUGUAUUAUUUAUCAUUUGGUUUUGGCAGUGCCCAAAGUGUGCAAAAUAUUACAUAAACACAGAAGGGAACAUUGAUCCCUGCCUUACAACAAUUAAGAAUGGAAUGCAGAGGCAAAUACUGAACUGAAAUCAUCAGCAGAAUGUGGUUCCCAGGAGCAUGGGCAUUGUUAUUCUCUGUAUUGAUCUAAGCUAAUUUUACCUCCAGUUAGCCAUCCAGUCUGUCAUCACGGAUGGAAUUUUUACAAAUAUUUACAAUUAUGUAAACAUUGCAUCAAAUAAGUGUAAACCUAGAAACCUGCUAAUAUUUGUUUUGCAAAACAAAUUUAUAUAUAAAUUAAAACAUUUAAGAACAGAAGUUGUAAUGAUUUUACCACUCUCCAUGUAGUGGAAAGCAGGUGACUUCAUGGCAGAAUAACAAAACCAAAUGAAGCCCUCUUUACACUGCAUAGAUUUCUUAGAGCUUCAUGAAAACUUGGGCUCUUGCUCAGUUUUUUUCUUUGACUUCAGAGGCAACCAGAUUUAUUUGAAUAGAGCAGGUUGGCAGAUGUAUUUUACGUGCAUUACUGCAGUAAACCUUUACAUUCUGCAUACAUCUGAGCAGCUGGACGCUUAAAUAACGCCAAAGGCUUUCCCUAGCGCUUCCCUGGUAUAUAUUAUUCCACUGAGACUUAAACCUUCAUCAUUUAACCUCAUUGCCAGCCAGCGUCCAGUUCACCCUUUGAAUGUCUUUUGCCAUCUCAUGUCAGUCCCAAGGGAACUGGGAGCCGCUCUCAGAUUUGAUAGUUCUUUUCCUCCUUAGAGGGAGAGAUUUAAAGAUCUGGGAAAUACUGUCUCAGUUGUGAUGUAGUAUUUUUAGUGCUGACCAUCCCACUGAGAUUUCAGUCUGGAAACAAGCCUCCUGCAUAUGUUAGUUUUUGCUGGGCAGGUCAUGUGAGUUUUCUUUCAACUCUAUCGAACGCAGUUGUAGAGCUAUUCAAAGCAGCAAAAAUCUCAGAUGCAAGCACUUAAAUGCAGUCCCCACCGUGUACUUUAUGAAAAAAAGAGCUAUUCUACAACAAGUCGUUCUGAUUCCCAGCACCUGUUCAGCCCUCUGUAUCCCUUUUUAUCAUUUCAUUUUAGUUCGAAGGACAAAAGGGCUUUUUCUUUUUUUUUUUUCUUUUUUACUGUCUUUUUUCAACAAGGGUUUCUGUCACAGUAAUACUGAUAAUGGCAGUUACCCCAAUUACCUUUGUAACUUUAGGUGUGACUGAAGGCAGACUGCACCAACAAUUGCCUUGUUUUGCCAUAGAAAUCAGUGGCCACUGGAAAACAAGUUAACAGGAAGUUCCCAAGAAUGAGAAAAGUAAAGCCUGAGUUAGCCAAGAAGAAUUUUCUACUUUGUCUCAUUAAAUCUGAGCAAUUUAGUCAAUGAUUACUCUGUUUAAAGCAAGUAAUUUUCUUCCUGGAGUUAAAGUAAUACACUCUACUAGUAGUUACAGUUUUUCCUCCUUGACUUUUGACUGCUGUCUACCUCGAACAAAAGUGGGAUGCUGAACUAGCUGAGUGUAGUUAACAGAGCAGCUUAACGUGAAAGUACAUCACUGUCCUCCAGGGACAUCCUCUGAGAACGCGUGGGGGAGCAGAUACAACGUCACCACGAUCAAUAAAACAAUACCGAGGCUCUUUCAUCAUUAAAGAAUUACUUUCUAUGUUUCUUUUGCAAGACAUUUUUAGACUUCACUUGAGAUACUUCCAAACUGAUUAUUGAAUUGAACUGCUGAUACUGAUUUCCAUUCUCUCAACCCCAAAUAUACCAGAAAACCGAGAAUCUCAUCACAAAUGUCUGAAGGGGCACAGUGGGACUGUAACCCACAGGUUUUCUGCACAUGCAUAAUUAGUCUUCCGCCUCUGUGACAGUUACUUAACAUCUGUAACAUGUGUAUAAUACUGUACUCUGAAAAAAAAAAGUCACUUCAGUCUAGCUUUGCACUCAUUCACCUGAUGAGGUGGUGUAAGCAGGGUAAGGCGUUUGGUAGGCACAGCAGCUUCCCAAAACUGCUUCUGUCUAAAGCUUACUUAACCCAUGCAAAAUUUGAUAUUCCAGCUGAAUUGUUACAAGUGGAAUAUCUUUCUAAAAAUUAUUCAUAAAAUAUUAUCCUACAUUUAUAUUUUUGAUGUUUAAAUUCUGGAUUAAGAUACUAGGAACAACAGUUCCCCUACUAGGUUUAUUCCUACUCAAACUACAGCAUAGUUGGCUGCGCUGUAGGAGUUUAAAACUUAAGCCUUCCACACCCACCAAGACAUCUUAAAGUACACAUUAUUCAAAUGUAAUAGCUAGCUGAAGGGAUCCAAAUUUCUGUAAAUUUUUACUUAGAUAAAGUACCUUACAUAUGACCAACACUGGGGCAAGCUAGCAGUUAUGAUUUCUAAUCAUUCAAUCAAUUUUUAUAUAUAUAUAUAUAUAUAUAUAUAUAUAUAUAUCUUUCUCCAGACAGAAACAGUGGAAAACAUUGAAUGGAAGACACUUUCCUUAGAAAUUGUGUUUUUUAGAGCAUCUGACCAUUUUGGCUUUCUAAACUAUGGCAUAAGAAAACAAAGGUAUGAAAGAUUGUCCUUUGAACACAGCAUGCCAACUUGUCUUGACAAUUGGAAGCUGCUUAUAAAGAGGUAAGAGCUGAAUUUUCAGCAAUACAGGCUGCAGACAGAUGCCUACCAAUGUCUUCAAAAACAUCUGAUUACCACUGCAAAAAAGCACAAAACUUGCAUGGAACUAGAUUCUCAAUAAAGGGAAAUGGGCACCAGAAAAAAAUACGUUCAUGCAAAAGGCAGAGCAUCCUCAAUCUGUAUUUUUCGUGUUUAUGCCCUAUUUCGAUGCCAUACGUAGAUAAGGAUUGUCCCCUUUGUAAGUGGUAUUAAAAUAAGUCAUUAUAGGUAUGAAAAGUGUUUUGGUAUUUGACGAAAGAAAACUGUAUGCAUGUUUUCUUAAGAGACUGACAUACUGACAAGGAGAGUAACUGCUGAAACAGCUUGGUGGUGUAACACAAGAGAUUCAUUCAGUACAGUUAAGCGUUGAAAUGGUGCUACGUGAACAUACCAUUUCAAAACUGGGAAGCCAGUGCAUGAGAUCACACACUGCUCCACUUCCCAGACACGACGUAGAUACAGACAUACUGAGCAGCAGGUGAAUUGAGUUAUUUGCAACUGUUUAAAGAUUUUAUUUUGUUUGUGUGGAGAAAUUGGAAGAUUUUUGAUAGUCAGAUGCAGUCACUGCUCUCAACCAACUUUUCCCUCCUUUGUGCCUCGCUCACUGAUACCUGGCGGCUGUAAAACCCAGUCUCCUGAGGAUGCACAACUCUAGAGACUCGACAGCACUCAAGUGAGUCUGGCUCAUGCACCUGCCUGGGAGAAAAUACAAAGCUCUAAUUCAUAUUGAAUUCAUUCACUGCAUUCCAAAAUGAUUUGAAGGGUUUAGAGGGUAACAGUGUUAAAAAUAUUCUGCAUUUUCUAGGACAAAUCUGUUGCUGUUUUUCCAAGGUUUCUUUGAAAGAUGCAGGCUAUACAUUUCUAAUCAUUACUAGCUACUUCUCUUAUUACAAUACUGACUAGGUCAUUUGGAAUAUGAGGAGACAAGGGAGCAAGCUUGCAUACUACAGUAAUUUUUUAUACUUUACCUUCAUCUAUUUAUGAAUUUAUUAUGAAGAAUAUUUUUAAGCAGAUACGAAACCUGCUUUAUGUUGUGAAUUGUAGUCUAGUAGAUACAUUGUACUGUGUAACAUUAAAAAGAUUUAAUUAAACAUUUGGCAAUUAA